CAGCAGGAUCGUGUUUUUACAAGUGAAGCCCGAUAAGCUCUCGAAUUUCUUUCAGAGAUGUAUCGACCAACCCUGCUGGUGCUGGCCGUGCUGCUCUGCUCUUCACUUUUGGUAAAUGGAGGGAAAGUAUUGGUGUUCCCUUUAGACGGAAGCCACUGGAUCAACAUGAAAAUCCUCAUUGAGGAGCUUCACUCCAGAGGCCAUGAAAUCACGGUGAUGCGUCCAUCGGUCAGCUGGUACAUCAAGGCAGAGUCAAAUCUCUACAAGUCCAUCACUAUUAAUACCUCUAAUGGUUUUGAUGAGGAAAGUUUUGGGUCAUUUGUAACCACAAUGUUGAACCUGCGGCGGGAAGGCGCCUCAAUCUGGACUCUUAUGUCUCUGGAGUAUGAAGUGAUAACACAGUUCUAUGAAAUGCAUAAACAGGGGGUGGAGAUGAUGGUUGAUGUGUUUGAGAACAAGAAAUUGAUGCAGAGCCUCCAUGACGCCAAAUAUGAUUUGGUUCUGACGGACCCUGGAAUAGCUGGAGGGGUGCUUCUGGCUCACCGUUUGGGUCUUCCACUUGUCUUCAAUGUGAGGUGGACUAUUCAGGGUGAGGCACAUCAUUCAAUUGCUCCUUCCCCAUUGUCUUAUGUCCCAAUCCCAAUGACAGAGCUGACUGACAAGAUGACGUUUUCUCAGCGGGUCAAGAACGUCCUUUUCUAUGUCUUCACACGUAUUCAAAUCAAGUAUAUCGCAGACCCAAACUAUCAACCAUUUGUCGAUCGUUAUUUCGGCCCUGGUGUUCACUACAUGGAGCUGUUCCAAGCAGCAGACAUCUGGUUGAUGAGGAAUGAUUUUACUUUUGAGUUCCCACGCCCCACAAUGCCCAACGUAGUCUACAUGUCAGGAUUUCAGUGCAAACCCUCCAAGCCCCUCUCUAAAGAACUAGAGGACUUUGUCCAGAGCUCUGGUGAACAUGGCAUCAUUGUUAUGACAUUGGGCACCCUGGUGGCAAAACUUCCUGAAGACAUGACUGAGGACAUUGCUGCUGCUUUUGCCCAACUCCCUCAGAAGGUUAUCUGGAGGCAUAAAGGCAAAAGACCAUCAUCCCUUGGCAACAACACCUUGCUUUUGGACUGGCUGCCUCAAAACGACCUGCUGGGUCAUCCUAAGACCAGAGUGUUUGUAGCCCAUGGAGGCACCAAUGGUGUUCAGGAGGCCGUUUACCACGGUGUUCCCCUGGUCGGCCUUCCCCUCAUGUUCGACCAGCAUGAUAACUUCUUCAGGAUGAAAGCAAGAGGUGUGGCCAAAGUGUUGGACAUUUCAACUCUGAACAAAGACAACUUCCUGCAGGCACUGAAGGAGGUGCUCUAUGAGCCGUCCUACAGGGAGAAGAUGAAGGCACUUUCAAACCUGCACAGAGAUCAGCCCAUGAAACCCAUGGAUCGUGCCAUGUUCUGGAUUGAGUUUGUCAUGAGACACAAAGGAGCUCCACAUCUAAGGACAGAGUCUUACAAGAUGUCCAAGAUCCAGUACCACUCAAUUGAUGUGGUGGCACUUCUGCUGGCAGUUAUUCUGCUAGUUGUGACCAUUUUCAUUGUAACAGUCAAGUUUUUGUGGCGAAUGGUGUUUUCUAGAAGCAAAGUCAAAAAUGAAUGAUGAAUGUGCUGCAACAUAGUUGUGAUACUCUCCCUUUUUUCUGGAAGCUAAUUUAUUGAACAGAAAUCAAGUUUAAGUUAUUCUGUUUUGUAUUUUGAGUCAUGAAAAUUGCAUAAGCAGUCUUGCACUGGCAUCUGUACUCCUCAUUACAUGUAGUAGCAUGCCCUGACAAAUCUCAAAUAGUUCAGUGACCUCCAUCAAGGUGUUGAAAUCUUCCAUCGUGUUUUUUUUCUUUUUCUGUGUUUUUGUGUCCUUUUGUCGUUUAGCAAGGUAUCCCAAAUCUUUGGUAGAUUUUAGGACUUUAGUCAUGUGAUCAAUUCUUAGGUUAAAUCAAGGUACAUUUAAAAAAGUACUUAAUGCAAGUUUUUUUUUUAAAUCCUCAUAAAUGACUACAUUUACUUGAAUAAAAUAAAGUAUAUUUUAUUAAAAUUGAUAUACUGUAUGUCUAUAAAUUGGACUGGGCAAUAAUUCAUUGGUGUUUAUUGACUUUAAGUAAAGUAACAUUUGUAAUGAUAUGCUCUUAACAUGUUAUUGUUCCACUAAAUUUCUGUCGUCCAAAUUAAUUAAUUUGAGCAAUUUGUAGUUAAAAAGAAAAUCACCUGUUUGAAGUUUUCCCUUUUAAAUAUGAAGAGUUUGGUCUCGUGUAAUGCAUAAUAGCUUAUUGCUUGGAACAUUUUGAUUAUUUUAUGUGACUUUAUAAACAUUUAAAUAAUUAAAGGAAUUCAUUAUCAUAUACAUUAAAAUAUCACAUAUGCAAAUUUGUGUAAAGGAAAAAUCGGAGUCCUUGCUGCUCUUUGUACAAGUUUACCUAAAUCAACUGACCAUAAAACUACACAUGUGGACAUUAAACACCAGCAUAUCUAUUUCUUUUCAUGCCAAUUACAACCAGUCCUGUUAGAUUUGGCUGUAAUCCUGCAAACAUAGUACAAGUUUUGGGACUGAAAAACAUUUGAGGAGAAUUAGCAAACUUGGGUUGUUGGUUAAGAUGAUGACAAGACUUUUCAUCUUGAUAAGAUCCUCAACCAUGUGAAGAAGUAAACACUAAUCCAGUUUAAAAUAUCUUACCAAGGAAUGGGACCUCUGCAAGAUGGCAAGUCAUGUCGUUAUAUACUAAACCAGUGGUCUCCAACCCUGCUCCUGGAGAGCUACUGCCCUGCAUGUUUUAGGUAUCUCCUCACUCUAACACACCUGAUUCUAAUAAUCAACUCGUUAUCAAGCCCUUUGACGAGCCUCAGCUGCUUGAUAACGAGUUAGAGUGAGGAGAUACCUAAAACAUGCAGGGCAGUAGCUCUCCAGGAGCAGGGUUGGAGACCACUGUACUAAACCAUCAACAUGAGUUUGUGAAUUAGUUCAGUUUCCCCAUGUCAAUCAAUACUCAGCAGUCACUUUAAGACUUCAAGAAUUAGAGCCAUAUGUAUUGCAGAUCAGAAAUUAAAUAAGGUGGAAGGAAGAAGGAAGAACUUAUACUAGUUUUGCAGGUUUACAGUUAAAUCUGAGAUUUGAGUUCAAUAUACAAAAACAAAGAAUUUUUCGGAUUUAGGAGGUAUAUGGAUGAGGAAGGGUUGUGUUAAUGGGUUGGUAUUUAAAACUUUAUUUUAUGACACUAGGUGAAUAUUUGGGUAACAAACUAAUUUGGGAUUGUUGUUUAUAAAUUAUAUAUGAGUUAAUGGAGGAAUAGUGAGAAGGGGGUAGGAAUUUAAAAAUAUAUUCUUCUUCCUAGUCCUUUUCAAAAAAAUAUUAUUCUUGUUUUGUUUGUUCUCUUUAUUGAUCUGUUUUUAUUUUCAUAUUUGAAAUAAAUAAAUAAAUAAAUAAUAUCAAAUUCUAAGACAACA